AUUUAAGCGAGAGAAAGUGAAUUUUUCUUUUUUUUUUGUGUUUUUGUUUUUUUUUGUUCCGUCGCCGUGCCGUGCUUCUACACGCACGAUCUCCCUAAACCCUACUUCUCCACGCCGCGCCAUCUCCCCUCUUCUUCUUCCUCUCCUCCCCAACUCGACGGCCACCCGAUCAUCUUCCCUAACCCGUCGCCGCCUCGCGACGCCUCGCCUUCUCCCCGCAUACAAGACCCCUCGGCCAAGGAAGCCUCGAGCCGAUCCCUCCCAUUCUUCUCCUCCUCUGCCCCAUCGUUCCUUGCCGCGGAAAUCCCCAAAUCGCACCGAGCAGCAUCGCCGCCACUCCGAUCCGGAGCCGUGCCCUAACUUGAUCCACCGCCAGUCGACCCGUGCUCUACUCCCUGAGUGCCGGCGCCACUCGACCGUCGGCCAUCAGCCUUGAACCGGCCAAGAGAAGGAGAUCCGAGCCCUAGCUGACGGUCCAUCAUCGGCGAUCUUCUUCCUCCCUUGUCAUAGCCGGAGCAGAGCCACCUUCCCUCUGCCUUAGCGUAGUGCCGGCAGCCUGAUCCCUUUCCACCUCCGGCAAAGGCAAGUUGUCUCUGCUGUGGAACACCGGCUGAGGCUUCGGAUUUGGGUAAGUAACUUCACAGCAACACCAGUUUGAUCCGGCCACUGUUUUUCCGACAGCAAGCACAUCCGCCAGUGACUCAACAAUUGGGCAUUCAGGACUUUGAUUCGAGACGACAUCUCGACGUGGGGUCUAUUUCGGAUUCGAUCACCAUUUUUUGAGAUGGCAUUUAGAGGCCGUGGUCGGGGUCGUGGUGGUGGUCGUGGUUUUGGAUCAUCUUUUGACAUUCGAAUAGGGAAACAUGUACCUUAUGAAGACUUUCCAGAAAAUGUCACUUUGCCUAGUUUGCCCACUAUUGAUUCUUUACCAGAUGAAGUUAAAGCUUUGAUUACAUCAAAACUUAGGUUGGAACAUUUCUGGAAGACCUCUUGCUAUAAUUUGCAAGCGGUAGCCUUGAAAUCAAAGAACCAAUAUGCAGAUAUCGAGCGGUAUUCUGACAGGUUCAAGAUAAAACCACAAGGGAAACGUGAAGCUCUUGCCUCCUACCUCGUAUUAACACCUUCAAAUUUCCCAUCUGAGCUAAUUCAAGGAUCAAAACUGCAGCAGCGUGAUAAAAAGAAAUUACGAUGGGAUCGGGACCCAGAUGAAAAGAUGUUUGAUAUGUUUGAAAAGCUUGAACAAAACUACAAGGGACAAGAUGGAAAGGUCGAUGAGAAGAAAGGUGAAAAUGACGAAGAAGACGAAGAAGAAGAGGUAGAAGAGGAGGAAUCAAGUGAUGAUGAUGAUUAUAAUCAGAAUGUGGAUUUUGACGACGACGAGGAUGAUUUGAACAUGGAGGAAGAAGGGCACGAAGAUGUAUACGACUAAAAUGCCUGUACCACUAGGGAAGGCCAACCAGAGCGACACGGUUCUUGUUCUCCAGUUCAUCUGUGUGACUGAGAACGCUGAACAAGGAAGAGUCAUCCGCAGCCUCCAACGCUUCAUGGAUUUCUUGAUCAACGCAACAACGAAGCCACGAAUAGAAUUAGUUAGUGCAAUAUGCAAGUAAUUAAUGAUAUUUAGAGUUCUUCCUCCCCUUUCCCUUUUUUUUAUUUGAUUUAAACAUUGUUUAGGGGUGUAUGUUUGACUUUUAAUUACUUUCAAUGAUUUUUGUUGAUUUUAAAA